AUGCGCCCAAUGCCGGCUAUGUUCGAGAUAUCUUCCUUUAUUGGUGAAGAUUCUUCAUAUCUCCAUGCUCGUCGAGCUUUGCAAGGGCUCGGUCUUUUUCUUGUAGUACUUGGCCGUACUGAGCUAUUGGCUAUCCAAGCUGGUUCUAGCAGCUUUGGAUGCUCAGAUAGCUUGCUCAUUAGAAUCAGCACACUGAUCCUUGAGGCGCUCUAUUUAAUGAUCCUUUUUCUUGCAUUGCCUUUGCAGAACAUCAAUGGUGAGGAUAGAUUCUUGUUCUCUUUCCUCAAGGGCCCUCAUCUGGGCUCCCAUGAUUUCUAUCCUCUGGGUCAAGGCAUCGACUUGAGCUUGCAGCUCUUCACUAUUGGCGCAUGUAACGAGUGUGGUGGAUGGUUAAGACAUCUCUCUUCUUUUCCUCCACACCUCAUAGUCACUAGAGACAGUCACUCGAGCUUUUCCUAG